AUGAAUGAUCAUGAAGACACAAAUAGUUCAAAAGAAAGUUUCAGAGAACAAACAGGAAAAAUUGCGAAAGUUGCCAAAAAAAUUGUUCAAGAAUGGGCACAUGAGUUCAUCAGCUUUAUAACAUCUGAAGCAAAUGAAAGAUGUCAUCAAGAGAAAUGGAAGACAAACAACAGAGAAGAUACUCUCUUUGUCAUCUCUACCUUUGGUUUUGACGAUUAUAUAGAACCUCUAAAAUUAUACUUUCAGAAAUUCAGAGAGGCAAUAAAAGAAGAGAAAGGAAUUAGUGGAAUAGUCAUAACUACAGAUGGACUCAGUGAAGAGCCAACAGAAGAGGUAUUUACCAACUAG